UUUGCUUCAGUACAGUGCUCAAUUUGAUUCGUUUUGGGUAUUCGUCCUUCUUGUUUUCGAUUGCUCCGAGGAUGGUUUGCUUGGUUUCUCGCACGGGAAGGCACUUGCAGCGAUAUGAUAAUUUGGGCCGUCGCCAAGUUAUCGGGUGCAUUCCCUAUAGGUACAAAUCUAGCAGUGACGGAACCAUUAGUAACGACUUGGAAGUUCUUGUGAUCUCUUCCCAGAAGUGUCAAAAAAUGAUGUUUCCCAAGGGUGGUUGGGAGCUUGAUGAAUCUAGAGAAGAAGCUGCAUUAAGAGAGUCACUCGAAGAAGCUGGUGUUAUAGGCAUUGUUGAGUGUGAAUUGGGUAAAUGGGACUUCAUAAGCAGAAGCCAUGGCGCAUUUUAUGAAGGUUACAUGUUCCCUUUGCUUGUGAAAGAAGAACUUGACUUCUGGCCCGAGCAAAACCUGAGACAGAGGACUUGGGAAGUUAUGAUAGUGCAUGAGCAACAGACAACACAAAGGAGAAUAACAUAAUACACCGACUCUUUCAUAUGUCUUCAUGA